AAAGGAUUUUGCAGGUGUUUUGAGUUAAUUAGCUGAAUAGAGUGUGGCACCAGGUGUCUUCAAUAUUGAACCUUUUCACAAUAUUAACAUUUUCUGAGAUACUGAAUUUGGGAUUUUCCUUAGUUGUCAGUUAUAAUCAUCAAAUUGUGUCUAAUGAAUGAAUAUAAUAUACAAGUUUCACUUUUUGAAUGGAAUUAGUGAAAUCAACUUUUUGUUGAUAUUCUAAUUAUAAUACCAGCACCUGUAUAAGUAGUAAUUGGGGUGAAGUAAUACUGCAGUCUUACUUCUGUGUAACUCUUAUCUUGUGAGGGUAUGUCUGAGACUGACAUCUUGUGGACUUUUUACAGACUUGCAGGCAAACCAGUUUUACAUGUCAUAGAAACACAGGACUAGGAAACAGGAAAUUAGUUAAAUGAAGGAAUCAUAAGUGUAUUGAGCUGUUGUAUGUUUGUUUGUUUCACUCUGUAUAUAUUCAGUAACAUGGCAGAAGCCAGAAUUUCAGUGGAUCAAAAUGAGUUUAUCUGUCCAGUGUGUUUGGAACUCCUGAAAGAUCCAGUUGCCAUUCCCUGUGGACACAGUUAUUGUAAGAGCUGUAUUACAGACUGCUGGGAUCAGGAGGACCAGAUGAGAGUCUACAGCUGUCCUCAGUGCAGACAGACCUUCAGUCCAAGACCUGUUUUAGGUAAAAACACCAUCCUAGCUGAAGUGGUGGAGAAACUGAAGAAGACUAAACUUCCUUUUGAUUGUUACGCUGGAGCUGAAGAUGUGCAGUGUGAUGUCUGUACUGGAAGAAAAUACAAAGCCGUCAAGUCCUGUCUGGUGUGUCUAAACUCUUAUUGUCAAACUCAUCUUGAGCAACAUGAGAGUUUCUUUAAAGAAAAGAAACACAAUUUGACAGAUGCCACUGGACGACUGCAGGAGAUGAUCUGCUGUGAGCAUGAUAAACAGCUGGACAUGUACUGUAUCACUGACCAACAAUGCAUUUGUGUACUAUGUACAAAAUAUGAGCAUAAAAACCACAACAUUGAAUCAGCUGCAUCACAGAGGACAGAGAAACAGAAACAGUUAAAGUACAUGCAAAGAACCUUCCAUCAAAGAAUCCAGCAGAGAAAGAAAGAUCUUAAGCAACUGAGAGAGGAUGUGGAGUUUUAUAAGCGCUCUGCAAAGACAGCAGUGGAGGACAGUGAGUGGAUCUUUACUCAGCUCAUACGCUCUAUUGAGAAAAUUCGCUCUGAGGUCACGCAGCAGAUCAGAGAUCAGGAAAAGGCUGCAGUGAGUCAAGCUGAAGGACGAUUGGAGAAACUGGAGCAGGAGAUUGCUGAUCUUAAGAGGAGAGACACAGAGCUGGAACAGCUUUCACAGACACAGAAUCACAUUCAUUUCUUGCAGAGUUUCCGGUCUCUCUCAGCACCUCUUGAAUCUACAGACAUACCCAUGAUUCCCUUCAGUUCUCUCUUUUCCUUUGAUGGCGUGAGAAAAUCCAUCUGUCAAUUGAGGGACAAACUGGAGGAUGUCUUCAAUGAGGAACUCAAAAAGAUCUCUGAAAGAGUCACAUCCACCAACAUGAUUCCCUGGACCAGGAAUGACUUCCUUCAGUAUUCCCAUCAGCUCACUCUGGAUACCAAAACAGUAAACAAAUUCUUCUGUCUGUCUGAGAAAAAUAGAGUGAUCACAGUUACUGACACAGAGCAGCCGUAUCCCGAUCAUCCAGACAGAUUUGAUGUGUGUCAGGUGUUGUGUAGAGGGAGUGUGUGCGGACGCUGUUACUGGGAGACUGAGUGGAGUGGGAUGUGUGUGUGUCUAUCAGUCUCAUAUAAGAGCAUCAGCAGGAAGGGAGAGGGUACUGAGUGUGUGUUUGGAGGUAAUGAUCAGUCUUGGAGUUUGUUCUGCUCUCCCUCCAGAUGCUUGUUCUGGCACAAUAACAUAAAGACUGUUCUCCCUGUAGUGUCCAACCACAGAAUAGGAGUGUAUGUGGAUCACAGCGCAGGAACUCUGUCCUUCUACAACAUUUCUGACACAAUGACCCUCAUACACUCAGUCCAGACCACAUUCGCUCAGCCGCUCUAUCCGGGGUUUUGGGUUUAUUAUGGAUCAUCAGUGAAACUGUGUGAUAUAGCAGAAUAGAUUCUAGAGACUGUGCCCAUAAUAUUAUAAGCUGCAUGAUAAAACAGUAACAGUGAGAUUUUCUCCUCAUUACAUCGAAACUACAACUUUUACAACAGUGUUUUUGUCACUAAAAUUACAUUUCAGAAUAGCCUAAAUGUAUGUAAUAAUUUCUCAUACAGACAAUCAAUGUGUGUGUGAGUGUCAUGUUGCGUUUGCAUGUUUUAUUGUUAAUUAAUUCUUGUCUAUGGCAAUUUAAUUGCCUGGGAUGGUGUUGAAAUUAGUUUUGAGGACCAUGAUGUAUCCAAACACUAUCUGUGGCAUGUAGUUACUAAACCUGUGUCUAUACAAGAGUUUCCCUGCCAGGUUCUUGACAGGUUUGUAAAACUACUUGAGGGAUAACAUGCCAUUUAAUAUUUCUCUGUUAUCUAGUUUUUUUCCACUACACUUUUUUUGUUUAAGGGGUCAUAUUAUGCAAUUUCAUAUGCGACUUUGGAGUGUUACAAGCUCUAGGUGCAUAUAGAAGAUCUGUAAAGUUGCAAAGACUAAAGUCGCAAAUCAAGCUAAGCCACUUUCCACCACAGGAACUUUACCCAGGAACAAGGGACUUUGGGCUGGUACUCGUUGGCUGCAUCCGAAAACUGAAAAAUGCUGCCUUUUGGAGGUCGCAUUCCAAGGUAGGAAGGCAUCAAGGCACGUCCGAAAUCAAUGUCAGCUUCAUUUCCUGUCUCCUGAGAUGCCUUCAUCUGGCUGUUUUUGAAGGCAGCAUAGAUGUAUCCUUCGCUGCCUUUGAUAUCCCACAAUCCUGUGCAUUCCAUUCUGUGACAGUUAAGCCAAAAAAUAAAGAUGGCGUCUCAAAGUUGCGGUCGGUGGUCAGUUUGUGUGUAAAUGUAUGUUUCUGAACAACGUUUUCCACUUUUUAUGUCAUUUCUAGCGAAAAAUUAAUAUUGUAGUAAUGAAAUAUCCACUUAGUUAUCACCAAAGCUCUCUAUAUUUUGCUGUAGAUCAUUAAAUCCUUACUCCAAAAUCCGUUACAUGUGGUGCCUUUGUGCAAAAACGUUGCCUGCAAAGUCAUCGCCUGAUUAGACAGCAAGGCAGCAAGCCACCUGCCUAAGUUUUCGGAUGCAGCCGUUGUGCUUCCACUGCAGGGACCAGGAACCUCGCUUUUCAGACCGAUGAGCUUUGUAAAAAACAAUGUGUUUCAGAAAGGCGGGGCAUAGAGGAGAAACAAUAAUGUCCAUGUAGCAGAGUGAGGUUUGUACCCGGUGUGAUUGGCUGGCAUGAACCAAUCAGUGUUUGUACUUCAUUGUGUAGGUCAGUUGGGUAAGUUUCAUGAGCCUAAUAGUACCUGUGUUGUGAAUAUAAAAGAGGGGCAUGUUUGGCUGCUUGGGAUGCAUCAUCCUUGGUACUGCCCCUUUUAGAUAUGUGGCUCUUUGAAUGAGUGUUAGCAGCUGGGUUAUCCUUCAGUCUGUCACGCAUACUAGUGCCAGUUUUCAGGUUAGUCCAUGAAAAUUUGUUUGUAUGUUUGUAACUUAUUUUUUUAUGAAUAACUGUUUUUCUGUUCAAUAUCCGGCAGGUUUAAUUUCAGGUUCAGCGGUUUCCAAUUAAUUUUAAUUGAAGCCUAAUAAACAUCAAGUUAAUGACUGCAUUCUGCUCUGCUCUGUUUUGUCAUAGUUUAAAGAGUUUUGUCUGGAACUCAUCUGGGUUUUGUUUUGUGGGCGGUUUUAGGUGGGAGGGGUUGACCAUAGUACCCUGUACUGUGUGUCCACAUGGAGUGCUGUGUUUAACCUUCUUGUGUGUGUCAUGGGUAUUGAGUGUGGAGUAAGAAUUUGAGGGUCUCUACAUGCCACCUUACUGUUUAUAUUUGUUUUAUUGUAUUGAACUGGUUUCGUAUUUGUUACUGUUGUAGACUUGUGAUGUGAUUUCUUUUUU